AUGAAACUAAGGAGAUCAGCAUUGCUGUUGCUGUUUUGCCAGCUUGUCAGUAUCUCAUACUCUGAAAGUUUUUUUGAAAAGUUUUGCCAGAAAAUCAGAGGACAGGCAUUUUGGGCAACAUAUGAAUCAAAAGGAGUUUAUUCAACAUGCACUGUUUCUAUUUCAUCUAAAAAUAAAAUUGCAAACAAGAGAACAGUGUGUGAAUCUAUAUCUCCCUUUGAAGUGUUAGAUUUCAACCAAGAGAAAGAUUCUCUCGACUGUGUUUUAGGCCAAAGUUAUGAGUGCUUCUCUAAAACAGACGUAGCUGUAAAUGGGAAGUGUUAUAAACCUGUUAAAGGAACAGAAUGUCCGGUGAACUAUAAAUUAGCAGAAAUCUAUCAUACCUCCACUGCUCGCUGGAUAGGAACUUUAUUCAAAAACUUCGAUACUCAUUUGCUGAUCAGUAAUUUGUCGACAGCACUAGUUAGUUCAUUUCCAUAUUCACGGAAAGAAAAACAUUGGGAUGGAGUCAAAUACGGUACCGGAAAGCAAAGUUAUAGAGGAAUCAGGACAACUUCAUAUAAGGGUAGCUCUCCUGGCCUCAUUGAGUAUAUGAGCCAAUCCGCUGGCUCUCUGCUUUGUGAAAGUACUCGGAAAAAGAAAAACACCCCGUUAUAUUAUGACGAUAUCUGCAAAAUGCUCUCUGAAACAUCCGGUAUGAGGACUUUCUUCGACAAUGGAUAUUGUAACUUCAUGACAUAUAAACGGUUCAACUAUAGAACAGUAGAACAGACCAAAGGAAAGUAUUGUGAAAAAAUUGGGACGAAUGUUAAAUCUAUGAUGACACCAAGUAAUGCACAGUUCGAAAUAGUACAGAAUUUUGAUAACAAGAAAGAUUCUAACGAACAAAUUUUAAUAUUGACUCCUCUAUUGUUUGAACAUAUUAAUGGAACAAACAGCACAACAGGCUCAUCCAAUCAUAUUUUACAAGUUCAAGACUAUAAAUUGAAUGCCAAGAUGUAUUUCGAACGAGGAUUCCUUGAUUCUAGAACUUUUGAUGAGACAAGUGGUGCUUUUUAUUGGAUUACGAAAUCAAAGGACAAAAAAUAUAUGCACCUGAAGCCUUACGUAACCGCACCUUUUGCAUGUACUUAUGGGCCAACUAAAUAUGAUUUCUAUAGCAAUGAUCCUAUAUGCCCUAAGGACUUUUUGAGGUUCAGAGGUGAAAAUCAUAAAAUUAGGUGUUUGGCUAUAACAAGCAAGGCUGAGAGUUGGUUUGAUGCCAAAAGACAAUGUGAAGGCUUAAAUAAGAAAAGUUUCCUCGCUGAACUAACCAGUAUAAAUGAGUUGGAAACUGCUCGAGAUUUGACUAGAUGGAGAAAACUGAAUGAGAGCUUAUGGAUAGGCUUAAGAAAAGUUUCUAAUAUUCCGUUCGUGGUAAUGUGGGAUAACCAAUUGAAAGAGCACAAUCUCGACGCAAACAAGGCAACAGUGAGAGCCAGCGAUGCAGCAAAACUUCUCAAUGACGAGUCGUUUUACUUUUUCGGUUCAGAUGCUAAUAUCAAUGGAGAAUGUUUCAACGCUGAUAUGCAGAAACACGGACAAUGGAACAGUCAGAGCUGCCAAGCUAAACAGCGUGGAUUUUGUUCUUUCUCUCUGUAA